UUUGGACAAUUAAAUCACGACAUAGCAGUCUGAUAUUUAUAAAUAACAGCUAUUAGCUUCUAAUCACAACUCUCGAGUGUUGAGUGUUGAGGAAGGACCUAGUGUCUGAAAGCGCUCCACGUGAGUAGAAGCUAAUCUAAUAGAUUUUAUUUAUAAAUAGCAUACUGCUAUGUCGUAAUGUAAUUGUUCAAAAGUGAUUAUUAACAAGCAGUUCGUAAUGGAAACAAACAUUGAAGAAUAACUAGCCGUCAUCAGUAUUAUUAAUUUGUUAUCCAGGCUAUAACAGCAAUCUAUGUCAUUGCUAUAGAAACCAAAUUUAAUAUAAGUCUGUAGGAAACUGACUAUGAAAAAGGGGCCAAAUUAAUAUAAAUUUGCUAUAAACUAAAGCAUUUUGAUGAGACAUGUUGUUGAAAGUGAUAAAUUUUUUGAUGAUAAUACAUCUUCUCCCUAAUCUUCUUGAGAAAAUUUGCUGUUCUGAACUUAGGCCUAUGCAAAACGUUGUUCUAAAUAAUGAUAACAUUGAGUUUUUGGACAUUGUAAGAAACAACUCAGAAAACUUAACUGAAUGUACAACGAGAAAUCACAAAUCCUUCCAAAAUAAGUCUGCCAACUCGAUAGGGCUUUCGAUAAUGCCUGAAGAUAAAAUGCUCGAUGCUUGGUCGAAACCCGACAACACGUUUCAGAUGUUCGGAAAUCCCAACAGUCAAAAAUCAACACAAUUUCCACAACUAAAUGGAAGGAAAAGAGUAAAAUACCUACUAAAAGAUGAAGCUAGAAAGGUGAAAUCGCCGAAGCAACAAAUUGACGAAUACAAGAAACGUGUAAUGAUGUUUCUGGUACAGAAAGGAUUCGUAACAAAUACUCAACCAACUAGCACAAGCACUGAAAAAAUAAAAGAUGACUUGAAAUCGACUAAAGAGAGAGGGAAAAAUAUUUUACAAGCGAUGCCGAUCAAAUGAAAAUAAACAUUGACAUUAUUUUCUAAUUAUCGUUACUGGAGUUGAGUUAUUCAAAAAUAAGGUUUGUUGUCCUCACAAAAUUCCUCCCCACAGAAUUACUUUUUGUUGCAAAAACGUUUCUAUUCACUCGAUGGUCUUCCAAUAAAAAUAUUUACUUUAUACUGUCAAAAUUCCAUAUGAAAACCAUGAAUGCUUACCAUUCAAUCUAUGCUGAGAGUAUAAUUGCAAGAAUUUCACUAUAGGAUAAUAGCAUAGAUAAACAAUAGCUAUUGUUUAUCUAUGAUAAUAGGCUACAUUCAUCUACAUUCAAAUAUCAACAAUAAUUUUAUAAUACAAUAGGUUUGAAUGAGUGCACUUAUUAAAAUGUGAAUGUAAACCAAUAAUAAACGUCAAAGUUGAGUCUGUAAAUUAUUAGAGAAAAAUGAAGAAAAUUGCCUAUCAUUUAGUUUUCUUCGUACAGCAUACCUGCGCCUGUUUCAAAACGUCUCCAAAACUUUUGGAUCCAAAAUUUAUGAACCGACUAAUAAAAGAUUAGUGUAAGGUGAAUAGGUUUUAUAGUUGAGAAAAAGGAGAAUCUUUUGAAAAACAAUAAAAAACAUUUAAUAUCUUCAUUGUUCACUCACUAUACAUUUAAUACACAUUAUAAAUAAAUAAAUAAAUUUUAUUCACAUUUAAUUACAUGGCCAAUCGAAUUAAUGUGUGUCACGAAACACGACAUUAAACGAAAAUUAAUAUUAAUUACUACAAAUAGUGUUUUUCUGAUGACUAAAUGCAAUAUUAUUAUCAUAUACAAUGCAAUAUUAUAUACUAUAUGCAAAAUUAUUCUAAAAUGGGAAGCAUUACCCAGGACAUACUUGAUGUUCACUAACUUAAUCCCCGAAUAAAAUGCUAAAUUAUUACCCUGUUGCAUAUCCAUAGACUACUUUUUCACUAUUAAUAUUAAACUUGAAUUUAAAAAAAACACUUAUGGAGUGAAAAUGCACUUACAUUGGUAGUGACGAUCGUUUCGACCUGUUCAUUUCACUCCAUACUGUAAGUGUUUAAAAUUCAAGCAAAAUUAUAACUUGAAUUACAAAUCAAACGAGAAGUAAAGCAAUGUUUUACGAACAAUAAACAACAACUUGUUAAUGGUACCGCUAAUUUAAACGCAAUAAGAAAGAAUAAAAAUAACGAGCGAAGCUCGGUGCCCCGAUAUUAACUAGGAUCAAGCCAGUUACACACACACACAGAUUUUGGACGUUCGUUUUUUUGUCGUCCUUAUAAAUUCUACCAGAUUGAACAGAGCUUGGAGAUGAUGUGUGCAUCCUAGUUAAUAUCGGGGCACCGAGCUUCGCUCGUUAUUUUUACUUUCCUUGCCCUAUUACCAUAGGUAAGGAAAGUAUUGCUUUCCGAAGAAAAUUAAGAUACCCCAAUUUCUAUACGUUUCAAGGUCC